AUGACCUCUGUAAUGUCUAUAACAGUUGGAUCUGUUGUUGUGUGUGUGAUUGUUAUCAAUUUGGAUGCCAGAGGUGAAAAGUUAUCACGUGCACCGAAAUGGCUACGUCGUAUCUCAAAAUUGGGAAUAUUUAAAUUAUUCUACAAGGAAAAUUGUUAUGAUGUAAAUGAAUCAGCAGGUUUAUCAUCGAUAAUAGGAAAACUAUUGACCUCAAAUUUAAAUCAAGAAAAGAAACUAUUAGAAAUCGAUCAUCAGAUCUCAGCUCUUUCCAAGUUAAAUCAUUUGCUUGACAAAAACAAAAUGUUAACCGAAGAAAUUCGAUCAAUCUGCCAGAAUUAUUUUUCUCGACCAUAUUUAAAAGAGAAAUUUUCAUCAAAUACAACUCCUUCUAGUCCUCCUGUCUAUCAUCAUAACAUUAUUGUUAAAAAAUCUUUAAAUCAUUCAAAUCCAGUUCAUUCUCAUCUAAUAUCAACACCAUCAAAAAUAAAUUCAUCAUCAGCUGUUCCUGUUCCAAUAAUAAACAGUACUGAAUUAAAUCAUCCAAUUCUUGAAGGGUAUAAAUUUUGUAAUUCUAUGCAACAGAAUUAUUCAUCAAAACAUUAUCUACCAUCGAAAAUACUUUGUGAUAAUAAUAAUAAUAACGAUUUAAAUACAACUCUUUCCAAUAUUCAUGAUUUAUCUAGUGUAAACAAAUGGAAUUUCACCAAUCAAGUAGCUGCUAAUACUACUACUACUACUACUACUACUAGACAUGAACUAAUCAAAUACGAAUGGAAAGUGAUCGCUAAAAUUACCGAUCGAUUAUUAUUUGUUUGUUUUGUUUUAAUCACCAUCAUUUGUUAUGUAGCCAUUUUUGUAUGGCCUUUACUAGCUGGUUCAAGCAUGCUCUAUCGAAAAAAUUAUUGAUUAGUUCACAGAGUGAUUGUAAAUUUCUACUCGGAUUCAUAUAGAAUUAAUUGGUUGGAAUUAUGAUUUUUCCCGAAAAUGCUGACCAUAACAUUGAUUUCCC